GCCGAGCGGACAGAACCCUAGCUGCUCACAGUCUCUCUCUCUCUCCCACACACACACACACACACAGAGGAGACUUGUGCAGCACAGAUGCGAUGCGAACUCUUCUUUCCCAGCGUUUUCUCUCCCCUUUCCCUUUGAACACUCUCUACUCCAAACCCAUCAUCAUCAGACCCUUCUUCCUCUGUUUCUUCUCUUCUUAUUCUUCUGUAUCUUCUCCCCUUCACACUCGCUCAACCACAAGCACAACCCCCAUCUCAAACCUAAUCUUGUAUGAAUACCUCAUCAAAACUUUCUCAUUCUCUGAACCCCAAGCUAUCUCUAUCUCCAAGCGCUUCCCACCGAUCAAAACCCUCAAAAACCCAAAAUCCGUGGUCCAACUUCUCAAACAACUCGGCUUCUCCAAUGCCCAAAUUCGAUCCUCCAUCCAUUGCGCUCCCCAAAUCCUCUUCUCUAACGUCGACAGGACUCUCAAGCCCAAGCUCCAGUUUUUUCUGGAUCUGGGUCUCUCUGGUUCUGAUCUCGGUAAGUUCAUGUCUAGGAAUUCUACCAUUUUGACUCGUAGUUUAGACAAAAAAUUGAUUCCAUGUAUUGAUGUCAUCAAGAAAAUUCUUGUAAAUGAUAACAACAAUCAGGAUUUGAUUCGGGUUAUGCGGAGGUGCAAAUGGGUUACCUUCAGAGAACCCCGAGAGAGGUUGCUCUCUAACGUUGCGUUCUUGGAGAGCUGUGGGAUUGUUGGGUCUCAGCUCUCGAUGCUCUUGACGAGGCAGCCUCGCCUUUUUGUUUUAUCAGAAUCCAAGCUUAGAGACCUCGUUUUGAGGGUUUUAGAUAUGGGUUUUUCGAUUGAGUCGAGAAUGUUGGUUCAUGCUUUGUACACUGUUAGUUGUAUGACUGGUGAAACUUUCAAUAGGAAGUUGGAAUUGUUUCGGAGUUUUGGGUUUUUGGAGAGUGAGUGUAUGGAAAUGUUUAGGAGGACUCCAGGUUUGCUUCGGACUUCAGAAGAUAAGUUGAGGGUUGGGAUUGAGUUCUUCUUGAAUGAUAUUAAGUUUGAAAGGUCUGUUUUAGUUCAUCGACCAAAUUGUCUGAUGCACAGUAUGGAGGAGAGAGUAAUCCCUCGAUACAGAGUUUUACAAGUUAUGAAAUCCAAGGGGUUGUUGAAGAAGAUGCCAAGUUUAAUUCAUGUUUUGAGUUUGACGGAGGAGGAGUUUCUAGCGAAAUUUAUAUCGAAAUUUAGAGAUGAUGCGAAGGAAUUGUUGGUGGCUUACAAGGGUCAUCUUUUGAAUUCUUCGGAGGAAUAAGAAUUGUGAACCUUUAUUUUAUUGCCAUUGUUGGCAGCGAUGACCGGUUCUGAGAUCAAUGUUUUAACUUUGGUUUAGUGUUUUGCCAUAAACCUCGCUUUGGGAGCCAUGGCAGCUUGGGAAUGAAAUCUGGUAACUUAAUUGUGGUUUUGGUCUGUUUAGCACUGGCAACUUCUUGCUGUAUGAUAUGCAGAGUCGUAGAUUGGUUUUCUUUAAUGUGAUAGCAUGGUUUGAGAACCUUCAGCAAUUAGGGUGCCCUGUGUUGAACCAGUCCUGAUAUUCAAGAUGAUUGACCAGUUGUUUGGUUGGAAAUGGUGGAGACUCGAAAGAGACUGGAAGGAUGAAUGCUUGGGAUUCUUAUUUGCUGAAGAAUGAUCUCUAUCCCAGAUGCAGAUAAUGAACAUCCAGAAAUGCCAGGUAAUCAGGCGUGUGACCAGACCUAAGCUGCUGCCUGAAGUUCUAUUUUGGUUAGCCAAUCACCGUGCCUCCCGAUGAGGUUCUCGAAUUAAGAAGUGGUCAAGUUUGGUGAACCAUGUUUAAGACUUUUGUUUUGUUUGAACAAGUUUCUGUACUGUCUGUGUAUUGGGCUAAGACCCAUUUUGGUUUAUCUGUAUGUAAGUUGACAUCAUAUAUGUAAAUUUAAGUUUGAAAUUUUUUGUCCCAUGUAUGUCUAUACAGCUCUAUGAAUAUUGUGUUUAAAUAA